CCUGUCAUAAGAAGUAAAUAAGUUAAGAAUUGCACUUAACGUACGAGCGAAACAGGAUUUUAAAACGCACAAAUAUUCAAUGAAUAAAUUACUGAAAAAUCACAAAAAUUACUAACAAAACCGAGGAAUUGUUUGGAAAAAGAAAAAAGCACAAUAAUUUUAAUACCACCCGAGGAAAAGAUUCAAUGGCUGCAGUGUUGAACAGUUGCGCCUCAUUAGCGACAACUGCGAGACAAUUGGAUACCAAUUACAGCCAACUGGUUGAAGGUGGUGGCGGUGGAGGAGGAGGAGGUGUGGGAGCCCUUGCUGGAAGCUGCCUCUCUCUAAGGGCGGGCGGUGGCUUGGGAGUGGGAAGUCGCCAAAGUUUUAGCAAAACUCCUCAUCUUCAUAACGACUCGGCUAUGUAUCCCUCAUUGCCAAAAUAUCACAGAUCUUCCAGUGCACAACAGACCAUGACCACGCCCAAUCAGCAUCAAUUCACUUCAUCCUUGGCCUAUGGAAUGCCUGUAAGUUCCGGCUAUUCCUCGCAGCAUUCUACGCUGCAGAAAUCCUAUAACUCCUCAACGGCAUCGGUGCAACGUGCCAAUAACUCGUCAGAUAUGUGUCGCAACUUUUGGGGUCACAGCCAGCCGACAUCAUCGGCUUUAUAUCGUUCUGGAGGAGAUCGUCAACAAUCGAAACGUAAAUCGGCCGUAGAGCUGCUGGCCGAAUCCAAGCCAUAUUUUGUGAAGAGCGAUAAUCCCAUAAUGGAGCGCACCAAUUUCGGCGCCAGCACUUUGGUAUGCAGUGGCAAAAGGAAUCGCAAUAGCUCCAGUGUUAUUCUGGACGAGGGCAAAUAUAAUCCUUCGUAUGGAGAGACAACCUAUUCGGCGGUUGAGGCAGAACGGCGUUAUGGUUCCACCCAAGCCCAUCGUAGGUCUUCACAGUUGCAUCACCACCAUCAUCAUAGUCAUAACUCUGGCUGCCAUGUUUCCUCGGGUAACUCUGGCCUGUACCAGGGUAAAUUUCGUCUAUCGAUGUCAACAGAUUCUGGUCACGAGAGGGAUAAGUUGUCACGCUAUCGUAAGGAGCAAUUCGGUGAACCAAUCGUUUUGAAUGAGACAAAAUCGGUUUCCUUUGAGGAGGAUGUAGCUUUUCGUAUUCCACCCCCGGUGUAUUUCUCCCAACAAUCCUAUGGCAACAUGUACGACAGUGGCGAAGAGCCGCUGGUGUUGACAGAGAACUAUAGACCCAUAAGUCCACCGGCAGAAUAUGCUGAGGAUUCAUCAGAGACACACAACGAAUCUAGACCGAGAUACAACUACCAACGCUCCUAUUCUCACUCCCACGAAAUGGCCAAUGAUAAAUCCAAAUACACUGCCGCUUCCUACAACAUUAACAGCCAUAAGUCCCUGCCCGAUUUACACACCCAAAUCAAUCGACACUCGCCGCACAGUGAGAUUCUCAGCUGCUGCAGUCGCGGUAAUCGUUCAAUCAAAUCGGCCGGAGAGUCAUCUUUGAAUCGUGAUUCCGGCGGCUCGUCGGGCCACUACACACAUCGCAGCGAACCAUGCUAUCGUCAGCAUCGUGUCGAUAUUGACCGAGAUGGACGAGACGGACCGACUAAAAAAUGUUGCAGUGCCACAACCAGAGUCGAAUAUCGUCGUGACAGUGGUUCCUCUACGCAGCACAGUAACAACUCCUAUUGCGAUUACUCAUGCAAAGCCAUGCUGGACAACUACGACUCAUCCGAUUAUCUAUUGAAUUUUACCACCCCGGAAGUACCAGAAGCUUUUCAAGAUGACUAUAUACCACCUUCCCCACGCAUGCACAACUAUCAGAAUGAUGAUACUCGCUACUAUAGUUCCUCGGCUCAUCAGAUACUGGGCGGUCAGGGGGGUUAUAUGAAACACAAGGCAUCAUCCGAUGAGCCCAUAGUACAAUCACCCGGCUCCCAACCUUCCAUUGAGGACAUAAGUCCGCCGCCGAUACAAUUCAAGCGGCAGAAAUGCAUUCGUUUCAAGAACCGCAGUCGCAUCUCAUUGCCACAGCAGCAGCCGCAACAGCAGCAGGGAUCGUCAAAUGAUUUGCCCCAUCCCACACCAUCAUCAAUGGACUCGUACAGGCGUUCGGAUCCACCGCGUUACUUCUUUCCGAAAUGUUUCUCGGCCGAUGAAUAUCAACAGCAGACCCACAAUCCACAGCCCCACACCCAAUCGCAGUCCCACUCACAUCUGCCACAACCGCCACAGGCCAUCUCCCAUCAGCAACAAAUCAAAGAGUUUCGGGAUCAAUAUGCCAAUAACUCGCUUAGACGGUCUCAGGAAUUGCUACAUCCCAACGCCCAUCAACCACCGCCCAGCAAUGAGUCCAUGAUGGACUUGGAGAAAUUCUUCGAUCGUCUGGGCCUCAACGAUGACAAGUUCCAUGAGAUCUACACCAUGUCGAAGCGAAAGCACAGUAAUGGCAGUGAUUCGGAACACAGUACAGUGUUCUUCUCGGAUGUCAGUACCGUGGACUCGAUGCGUUUGCCCGACAGCACCGAAACCCAGCCACAAACCACCCAAACCUAUAGGCCCACUGAGCCACCGUCGGUGGUGGAGAGAAACGCACGCAUAAUCAAGUGGCUGUGUAAUGUACGCAAAGUUCAAAACGAUCUAAAUUAGGAGAGUAGUUUUCAAUACUAAAAUGAAAAGAUAUCAAAAAACAAAGAACUAAUUCAAGAGCAACAAAUUUUCAAAUAAUAAUGAAAGAAUGAAUGUAUUUGUGUAGGUAAUUUAGUUGAGCAAACGAGAAAGAGAUAGUAUGCUGUUAAGAAAUAAGCCGAACAAAAUUAAGACAAUAGAAAUGUUAAGUAAACGUUUGAAAUCAGUAUAGGAAAGUUUUGCAGUUUUUUAUAAGCUUAAAAUGUGUAUAGUGAAAAAGAAAGGCUUUGUGAUUUAUUUGAAAAGAAAUGCCAAAUUGUAAUUUCAAAUGAGUUUGUAAGAUCCGCUAACAGUUUUUUUUGACUGCAUUCAAAUACCUGUGAGUUUUGAAAUUCUUCUCCACUAUGUUUAGAAAAUUUGGAAGAUGCAUAUGUAAACCUAAAAAUCCCUGUAACUAAACCCAUUGAGGACUUGAUGGGGCUUUUUGCUGUAGUCAAUCAUAACAAAAUUGAAGAGGCUUCCUUUAGAAGUUUAUAUAUUUUGAGGGUUAGCGAAAAAUACACUUCGGGUAUUUUUUCGGAGAAUGGACGACCGCUGCUAAUUGUUAUGGAUAUCAAUCAAGAUUUAGCUCAGAAUGUGUGAAUUUGAAAUAAUGUAAUAUAUUUUUCCAUAUACGAGACUUCUAAUUAUUCAGAAUGUUAUUGGAAGAUGCCAGAUGACAAUUUUAAUUGUUAUUAUAUUGCAAAGUGUAAAUUAUGGAAUAUAAAAAGAUUUACUAUCUAUUUUGAAGCUAUGUACAGGGUGAGAUUAAAAAACUGCAACAAAGUCAAACGCCAUAAUUUUUACACUUUUUUUUUUAAAUUUUAUUGAAUUAAAGCAAAAAUGUCGGAAAUAGAAUCGAAUUUUAGAAUAAGUUUAGAUUUGAUCCAAUUGGCCUUUUUUGGCACGAAUUAUGGCCAAUGAAACCGUCCCAUGCUGCCAAAUUUUUCUCUGCGGUGUUUUGGCCCCUUCCCGGAGAAGCGCUUGCUUGAGGUGAUCGACACUUUGGUAUUUUUUAGUGCUAACCUUGCUUUCCAAAAUACUCCAGACACAAUAGUCCAAUGGAUUGGUAUUCGGAGAUUUUGGUGGCCAUUGUGCGCUGGAAAUGAAGCGAGGAACUUCAUUUUGUAAGUGCUGAGUGCGAUGGUGCUGAGUCCUGUUGGAAUAUCCAAGGUCUGCGACUAAAAUGUUUGCGUGCCCAAGGUUUUAAUACACCCACCAGAAUAUUUUUGCGAUAAUAUUUGGCAUUUAUUCUGAUGCUACGGUCGAUUAAAACAAGCGGAGACGAAACCAUCGGCCCACAUCACACCAUGGCCGGCGCUUGAGUUCUGGUGGCCAACCGAAGGUGCACAUUUUGAGCUGACAUCUUUGGCAAGUAAACACGAUUAUUUUGCUUGUUUACAAACUGCUGGACAACGAAGGUUUUCAUAUCGGCGAAAACCAAAUUCGGCAGUUCACCACUUUCGGCCAAGCGAAGCAACUCUUUAGCUCUUUUGAGUUUAUUUUCUUUAUGUUGCGGUGUAAGUUCUUGCACGUUCUGGAAUUUCAAUGGCUUUACCCCGUGCUCAUUUUUAAAUAUUUGCCAAAUUGAAUAUUGCGAUAUGUUCAGCACACGAGCCAUUUUUCGGGCAUUGCGACGCGGGAUUCGAUCAAGUCGCUUCUUUACUUUUCAAACUAUUUCUGCUGAUGUUCCUUCACUUCGGGCUACGCUACCAGUUUCACUGUAACGAGCGAUGGCACGAAACACAGAAGAUUUACUCACAUUUAAAUGCUGGAGUGAUCUAACGAUAGCCACUUGUGGUUUUCCAGCUAAAUAUAAAGAAAUCACGUUUGAAUACCAUCGCGAAUAACUUUUUUUCUGGAAAAUUCUCACCAAAAUGCUUUUGUACGCUUGUAAACAAUAUAAUGAGCUGUCACUAGAAUAAUUUUAACAGCUGUCGGACGAGUGGCUUAGAAAUGACAGCAGUCUGAAGUUGGUUGCAAUUUUUUCAUCUCACCUUGUAUAUUGUACCUAUUUUGCUAUAUAUAUGGGCUAUCAGCAUCACUAUAAUAGUCAGAAGUGACCUUUUCGUGUAAUCGUAGUUUCGUCCAAAUUGGCAGGCUUCUGCUCAACCCCAUACUCUAACUCCAUGCAAAAUCCCGCGUCGAUCGGUUUAUAAUUGUGACUGUGAGCAAAAUCUGUUUUUUUUUUGUCCAUUUCAACUCUAAAUAUUUUGCAAUCAUCUCUAAAUAAUAAUAGGCUUCUAUUCUGAUCCUAACCCCUCCUCCAUAUUCAAAUUAAUGGAAAUUGGACCAUUACAAAUUAAGUUUGUUGCAAAAAUCGAUACAAAUGAACAUAGAAAGACCGACGGACAAACAUAGCUAGAUCGGCGAGAUAGAAAGAUCCAUGUCGGGGACCAAUAUUUCGAUCUGUCACAUAAUUUUUGAUAUCAUGUAAAUGUUGACCUCCACUGUUUCUCAAAUAGUCCAUACGCUUAGUCCAAUUUUGGUAAACCCCGUAUCUUAAGUAUAAAUUCUUCAAUGUUGUUUUCCAAUGCGUUGAUUGAAGAGGCCACAUCUGUGCAGACAAGGGAAACAUCCGAAAAACUUCGAGCGAGUUUCACUCUAUACUCGAAUUCGUGCGGGAACACUUCUGUUUGUAGAAAAAACAAAAUGAGCAAAAUUCUAAUAUCAGCUUCGCUCGAAUAAGGGCUUGUUGCUCGUGGGUACAAAAUUCGUUCAAAAAAGAGCAAAGGGUGCACCUAUCGAGCACUUUUAUACCCUACACCACAAGGUGGUCAGGAAACGAGAUAGAGUAAUGUUAGCCCAAAAGGGAUGGCAUUUGGUAAUUACGACCAAAUUGAUCCUAGAAACAAGUAUGUCAAAUUUGAAAAUCGGUUCAGAGAUAGUUAUAGCUCCCAUAUAUAUAUGCCCAGGUUUUUGAUGUUAUACAAACACGGCUCUCACUCUAUUUUUACAAACAGGAACGUCUGGGGAGCACUCCCACAGGAUCCACAGGAGUAAAGAGUAAACUUUUUUUCAUAGAUGGAAACGGGCAAAUUUAUGCUCUGGACAUGAGCUUUAACAUAGCCCCACAAAAAUAGAAUUUUAGAUUCCUAUCUUAAAUAUUGUGAGUUCUAUGAGCAUGGCCAACUCGUUGAAUUUAGUUGGUCAAGAGGAUGUGAAGUUAUCAAGGACCAUCAUUAAAAAAAAAAAAAAUAUGGAUACAUUGAAAGUUACUGUGGAAAAUUAGGCAAUUUAAAAAUGUGGAGAGAGUGUAUCAGACGAAUCCACUAUAAAAAAAUUGCAGUCCAUACCAAAAGAUUUGGGCUAUCUUUUAUAGGUAUCUUCCUAAAAUCUGAACUUCAUCAUACCCUUUUAGGGAGGACAAUUUAUAUCCACAGACAUACAUAACCGGUCGGACUUUAUGGGGUAUACGAGAAAUAUUCCUCCAAUUUUUUAGUCAUACAUAUGAUCCAUUCCAAUUUUUCUUACAACAUUUCAAUUUCACGCGGUAUCUUGUACAAUCAGUUUGAAAUAAAAAUUAAGAUAUAAAUAAAAACUCAGUUGGUAUUGAGCGGUAAAUGAACCGACUUGGAUAAAUAAACGACAGUCAGACCGUACUACACGCUAUCACUAAUAGUAUAUAUUUAUAUGCGGUUAUGUGUAUCUUAGCAAAUAGAUUUUAGGAAUGGAGCAAACAAUUAUUUACUCUGACAAAACUGAAACAAAUUCUAAAUUAUUAUUAGCGAUGUUUUUAGUUAAUAAGCAAAAAUUAAAAAAAAGAAAACAAUUCAAAACAAAAUAUAUAGAAUCAAAAUAAACAAAAGCAACAAAAAAAAAACAAAACAACAACUUAAAAUUAAUUAAUAAAUGUUUUUUCAUAGUUUUCCACAAAAGCAUAUAUAUAUAGAAAAUAUAUAUUUAAAAUUUUGAAACAACAGAAUACGAUUUAUGGAACGAAAACAAAGAAACUUAUUUCGAAGACAAGGAUCAAAAAUUCAGUACUGUGAAGAUGAAACCUGAAAUGCUCAGAAUGUAGUGCUAAUGAGGGUCUCACAAAAUAUAUACACUAACUCACACACACACACAUACACACUGACAUAUGAAUACAUUAGUAUAUAUUUAUGUUUGCAAUUACUAAAAUAUAUUAAAUUAUUUUGUCAAUAUUUAAAUGAAUUAAAAAAAAAAACAAAAAAGAAGAAGAACUACAAAUGAAACCCCCUUACUAUGUAAAGAAAAACAAAAACAACAAUAUCGCAAACUAAAAAUUUACAAAAUAUUUAUGAAGAAAAUUUCAAAUAAAGACAUGAGUUC